AUGUCGAAGACCUGCCAGAUGUUCCAGGACUCCCAGAGCAACUUAUUGAGAUAUAUCAAUUACAUAAUUUCAUUGUCUCUGACAGGGUACACAGACAGGGGAUUUACACUUCUGCAAAACUGGAUUGAUCGCUUCUACAUCGCAAAGGUGACGGACAACAUGAGCUACAUAGAUGACUUUCAGGUUGAGGUUGAGCCGUACCCGUACCCUCCUUACUCGGACGACAAUGGCAUGAGUCAGUUGUACGGCUCGAUGUUGCCCUCCUACAUGAUCCUUGCCUUCGUUCUCCUCUCCCCGUCCCUCAUCAAGAACAUCGUCCACGAGAAAGAGACGGGAGUUAGGGAGCUGAUGCGGCUGAUGGGGAUGAACAGGUGGCUGAUGUGGCUGGGGUGGUUUCUGCACGCUCUGGUGGUGGUGGUGCUGGUGGCAAGCAUCGGAACCAUCAUGAUCACCGUCAACCUGCAUUCCCGCGGCAAGGUGAUACCCCCCAUCAUCUACUACAGCGAUCCUUCCUUCGUGUGGGUGAUGCUCACACUGUAUGGAAUAUGCGCAAUCACCUUCUGCCUUGCCGUCUCGACGCUCUUCAGCAGGCCUACUCUAGCCACCACGCUGGGCAUCCUGAUCUGGCUCUUCUCCUACUCCAUCCCAAACAGCUUUAUCUACUUCAAUUACAACGAGUGGAGUCUUGGCCCCAAGCUGCUGGUUUGUCUCUUUCCCAACAUGGCAAUGACACUUGGCUUCAGGGUGAUGGCGAUGUUUGAGGGCAGAGCGCUUGGCAUCCAGUGGAACAACAUGUGGGACACAGGGAACCCGCGUGACGAGCUCACACCCGCCAUGAUCCUGCUGAUGCUGGUGUUAGACAUUCUGCUUUACUUGCUGCUGAUGUGGUACGUGGACCAGGUCAGCCCUGGCAAGUACGGCGUGCCGCUCCCCUUCUACUUCCCGCUGCAGAAGAGCUACUGGUGCGGCUCCCGGCCCGUGGCCAUGACGAGUGCUGCUCCAGACACUGACGAUGAGGCGCGGCAAUACUUCGAGGAGGAGCCGGAGGGACUGAAGCCAGGCAUCGUGAUAAAGAACUUGCGGAAAGAGUUCCGGACACUGGGAAGGAAGGUGAAGGUGGCGGUGGAGGACGUGUCCAUGACGUGUUACGAGGGCCAGUGCACCGUGUUGCUGGGCCACAACGGCGCCGGCAAGACCACCACCAUGUCCGUCCUUACAGGCGUUUAUGCUCCGAGCGGGGGCCAGGCUGAGUUGGGUGGCUGGAACAUCGCAACACACCUGCAAGAGGCGCGGGAGGAGCUAGGUCUGUGUCCGCAGCACAAUAUGCUUUUCAUCCACCUCAACGUGAUGCAGCACCUACUCUUCUUCGGCCGGCUGAAAGGACUGACAACCAAAGCUGCGCGAGAGGAGGCUGCGGUACUUCUCGAGAAGCUGGACUUGAUGGACAAGCAGGACAUGUUUGGUGACCAACUGUCCGGCGGCAUGAAGAGGAAACUGUCUCUUGCCAUUUCCCUCAUUGGCGGCUCUAAGGUCGUGAUUUUGGACGAGCCGAGCAGCGGACUGGACCCGGAGUCUCGGCGGUGGGUGUGGAACGUGGUGCAGGGCGAGCGUGGCCGCCGCACCAUCCUGGUCACCACCCACCACAUGGAGGAGGCGGACGUGCUGGGCGAUCGCGUCGCCAUCAUGGCCUCCGGCAAAGUGGUCUGUGCAGGGUCCACGCUCUUUCUCAAGAACAAGUUCGGUGACGGUUACACCCUAGAGAUAAUUGCGACGGAAGACUGCAAUGUAGAUCAAGUUAAUAACGAGGUGAAAAAGCACAUGCCGGAGGCCGUUCUCACUUCUUCACAAAGAGGGGAAAUGACAUUCAAAUUGCCGCCAGACACAUCUCUCUUUGCACCUCUCGUUGACAGUCUCUCACAUCGAAAAGAGGAGCUGGGACUGAAGCACUUUGGACUCUCCCUCACCACUAUGGAACAAGUCUUCUUAGGACUCAGCAAGGUGAUGGAAAAUGACGAAACGAAGCCGCCAAAGGUUUCCACGGUAGAUGAUGAAGACCAUAGCCAUCACACCGAUGACGGUGACAACAUAGAAAGUGGAGUCGCUGCCGGCAGCCGCCACCAUCUGGCUGACAGUGAGUGGCACAGACUGACAGGGACAGCGCUUCUAUUCCACCGUAUCAAGGCUUUCUUCAUCAAGAGAUUCUUAUACACCAUUAGAAAGUGGCCUCUCUUCAUCACUCAGGGUCUGGUACCAGUGGUGGUGACCAUCGCCUGUCUGCUGGUGGACGGGAAUAUUGACUUUUUAACUGCUCAAGAACCCUCACUCCCUCUGACCCUUUCCAUCUACGAGAAGACUUUCUCUUUGGUGAAUGCCGAUGAAAAUCUCAAAAACCUUGAACAUCAAUACGUAAGCCUCUUCGACGACUACCACGAGGUAACGGAUACAGAGAACGUAACCGUCAGCCUACUGCAAUUCGCUGAGGACAAUCUUUCCAAGUACCGUGAACAACAAGUGUUCUCGGCCAGUUUUCUGGAGAGAGAGGAUCAUGCAGCCCUCAAGGUAUGGGCCCAGACGAUCCCCUACCACGCUGUAGGCAUCGGCACCACCCUGGUGACGAAUGCGCUGCUCCGCCACGCCACCAACUCCACCGGCUACAAAUACUCCAUUACCACCAGCAACUACCCACUACCCACUAACACGAUGUGGCAGUUCACAUCAGAAUUUUCCGUCAGCGCUGUGAUCUACCCAAGUUUGAUGUCCCUCGCCCUAGCUUUUCUCUCUGCGUCCUACCUGGUUUUUCCUCUACAGGAGCGAGAAAGCAACAGCAAACAAGUGCAAGUGAUGACGGGUGCACCUAUAUGGGCUCUGUGGACUACCAACUUAUUGUGGGACAUGGCCACAUACAUGGUGACCAUGAUCCUCAUCCUCAUCGCCUUCAUGGCCCUCGACCCUCGAGAGUAUUUUACCAUGGACGCAGCCCCGGGCGCUCUGGUGCUGCUGCUAUUGGUGUACGGCUGGAGCAGUAUCCCUUUCGCCUACUUGUUUAGCUUCCCCUUCCAGACGGCUGCUGCAGGAUUUGCCGUUCUCACUUUCAUUUGCCUCGUGGCAGGUGAGUUGAUGGUAGCCGUAGUGGCGGGGCUGAGACUCGCUAAGAACCCGUCCCUUGAUCUGGCUAGCAACAUCAUACACUGGAUCACGUCUCUCAUCCCUUCAUACCCAGUUGCUGAUGGCUUUAGUAAGAUCGUCAAGACGAGUGUACACAACAUCAAAUGUGACAGAUUUGACGGUGAAUCAACGGACGAGCUAUGCAUGAUCCUCUUCGACAGCCAGCCAGACAGCGAAUUUUUGCAGUGUUGUCUGAACCCGCCCGCUGCUCCACUGUGCAAGAAUUCUUCGACUGGGAUAUGCUUCGAAACUCAGUCAUACUUUGCAAUGGGUGAUUCUGGGCUGGGCAUUACCUUGCUGUCGCUCUUCGUUGACGGUCUCAUCUUCUUUGCUGUGAUCGCCCUCAUCGAGGCAGGCGUCGGAAGAAAGUUUAUGCAAUGGUUCCGCUCCCUCAGUGUUUUUCACCGUCCACUGCUGCUGCAGUCUUUCCAAGAUGUUGCACUAGACGAUGAUGUUGUGGCUCAGGCAAACUUGGUUGGCUCUCUGAUGCACGAAGUGAAAGGGGACGUGAAGCUCACGGAAGCUUCCCAGGACACGACAUUGUUGGUGCAUAACCUAACCAAGAGGUAUCCCGGGUGUCUCAUACACGCCGUCAAAGACAUCAGCUUUCGUGUUGGUCGGGGGGAGUGUCUCGGUUUGCUGGGGGUCAACGGUGCUGGCAAGACGUCUACCUUUAAGAUGCUGACAGGCGACGAAAUUGUCACUGCGGGAGAUGCCAAAAUAGGCAGUCUGUCUCUUACCCACAAUAGGAGAGAGUUUUUGCAACAAAUCGGCUACUGCCCUCAGUUCGACGCACUCAUGGGAGAUUUGACGGGGAUAGAGAUGCUGCAGCUGAUGGGUCGUUUAAGAGGGAUGAAAGAAAGCCAACUGAAGAAAACUAUUCCAUCCUUGGUAGAUCACGUUGGGCUAACAGAGUGCGCGCAGCGGCCCUCCUCCACCUAUUCCGGUGGCAACCGCCGCAAGCUGUCCACAGCCAUGGCCCUGAUCGGGGAGCCCGCUCUGGUGUUCCUGGACGAGCCCACCUCCGGUGUGGACCCCGUCUCCCGCCGCCGUGUAUGGGGGGCCGUCAGCCAGGCGGUGGCCGGCGGGCAAAGUGUGCUGCUCACCAGUCACUCUAUGGAGGAGUGCGAGGCGCUCUGUUCCCGCAUCAUUAUCAUGUCGCGCGGGACGCUGCGCUGCGUCGGCACCUCGGGCCACCUCAAGGCCAAAUUCGGUCAAGGCUACAGCCUGCAGGUCAAACUGAAGACACACGGUUUUGACAAGACAAACAAAGAAGAAGAUGAUCGCCUCUAUAAUAUGAAAGUGGAAGAACUGAAAGGCGCAAUCCACCAUCACUUGCCGGGAUCUACACUCACCGACCAACACAAGGGCAUGCUGGCCUACCGUGUGCCGAGCACCGUCACCUGGGGCACCCUGUUCACCGUGAUGGAGGCGCUCAAGACUGGCAAGGACCCGAUGAACCCCAACGAUGAGGCUCCGUCACCUACGGUCUCACUGCCCAUCGUGGAAGUGUACGCUGCUUCAGACACGUCACUAGAGCAAGUGUUUUUGUCUUUUGCAAGAGAAGCCGCAGAAGGGGAUGUCCCGGGCAAUGACGUCCCAAAGGCUGUCACGACUAUGGUCACGAAACUUUAGCAGUGGUGGGAGCAGGACGCUGAACAUCAGGAUUAGAUUUUAACCCCGUGGCUGCUGUGAAUGUUAGAAUAUAGGCUUACAUAUUUUUUUGUUUGUUUAUUUGUUAAUGAAGGAGUCAAAUUGAUAGUUAUUUAUUUUUUCGUUAAUUUGGGAGUCGAGUAGCUUUUAAACACAGGUAUUGACAUAUAUGAUAUUUGUAUGUCAGGCAUUUGUCUAGAUGUCGACAAUAAAUAGCCCUUCAUA